CAAGUGUGUCUGCUAGGUCUCCACGUGAGGAGGUCGACGCAGGCGGAGAAAAUUAGUGAAUUGCGUUCGCUUUCAUUGAGAAUUAUAUUUUUGAUGUCCAGGGUCAAGUAGUCAUAGAGAUUUGUAGAAUUAGUGCAAAAUGGUGAUCCCGGGAAAGGAGCGAGAUUUGUUCUCGGUUAAGCCAUUGGUUGAGAAAAACAAAGUCAAGAAGAAAAAGGCCAAAGGUAAGGAAGGAGGACUUGGCUUCAAGAAACUUCAAGAAGAGCACCAAAAAUUAGCAGAUGUUCAACACACACCGUUACUUUAUGAUAAUAUCGUAGAAGGUCAGGUGAUCUUGGGAUGUAUACAAGAAGUGCACGAUUAUGAGCUGAAGGUCAGUCUUCCACACCGGUUGUCUGGCACUGUGCCCAUCACGAAGAUCAGCAAAGCAUACACAGAGCUAGUGAAGAAGAUGGCAGAGGGAGAGAAUGAAGAUGAAGAAGUAAGCGCACUUCAAGAGCUAUACAGACCUGGGCAGUUUGUAGUAACCUCUGUGGCCAGCAUUGAGGAAAUGGAAAAUUGGAAGAAAGUAAGCCUGUCACUGAUGCCACAAGAUGUAAACUCAUCACUCAAUGCAUCACUCCUGGAAGUGGGCUUUGUGCUGCCUUGUGCUGUGGCCAGCGUAGAGGACAAUGGCUUCAUCAUGGACACCGGCAUUGCCAAUAUGCGGGGGGCUUUCUUACCCCAUAAAGCAGCGCAAGGUGCAGACAUUGUGGGUGUGGGAACUGUGUUGCGGUGCAUGGUGACCAAGAUCAGCGGUGAUGCGGAGAAGGGCUGGUGGAAUGUGGUCCUAUCCGCCAAGCCAAAGGCAGUGAGUGAGGCCACGCUGCCCCUCAUUUCCACCACCAACCUUUCCAUGAUGAUUCCCGGGACAGCUGUCGAUACUGUUGUGUCUAAGGUGGAAGAUUAUGGCCUGAACAUCAUCCUGGCCGAGUAUGACGGUGUUGUGAACCGCAUCCACCUUAAGAAGCCUUUCGACAUCAUUCAUCACUACCAGGAGGGCAUGAAUGUAAAGGCCAGGGUGCUAUACACUACGCCAAUGAACAAAGUCGUUCACUUCACCCUACAGAAGAACAUUUUCUCAGAAGGCCCAGACGAAAAGUUAUUCCAUGACCUCAAAGAAGGGGACAUUGUGGAAGAUGCUGUGGUCUAUGAGUCAAGAUCAGUGGGUAUUUCCCUCAAACUGAACGACAAAUAUCGCGGUUAUUGUUCCUGGAACCGCCUCAUGGAUGGUGACAAACCCCCCAAGAACAUGAAGAAAGUAUUUCCUAUUGGCCGUCAAUUGGUAUGCAGGAUUCUCAAGUACUCCUCCAUGGAUCAGAUGUAUAUUGUCUCCUUGGAGAAAUCGGUGAUAGAACAGCAGUUACUUAGCUACAAUGAGGUGGAAGUGGGCACAAAACUGAAAGCAACUAUCAAAGGCUACAAUGACUUUGGGGCACAAGUGGCUCUCAGCAAGACAGUUAGUGGCCACAUUGAUUUCAUGAUGCUGACGGACACGCAGAUAAAGAAUCCAGAGAAGAAAUAUCCCGCUGGCUCAGUGCUGGAUUGCCGUGUGGUGUAUGUGGUGCCCCAGAGAAAGAUUAUCAACCUCACAAGUAAGAAGCUCCUGGUCAACUCUCCACACCCAAUUAUCUCGGAGUAUGACCCUAAUCUGGUAGGCGCUAUAUCAGAAGGAUGUGUUGUGCGCAUCAACCAAUCUGGUUUGCUGGUAACUAUGUACAAUGAUGUGAAGGGCUUUGUUCCGAAGAGCCAGGCCACUUCAAGGAAGGUGACCAGUCUGGAUGCUCUCUUCACCUUGGGACAGGUUGUCAAGUUCCGCAUCAUCAAUGUGGAGCCGGAGAAAAGGAAUAUGACCCUCUCUCUGCGUAUUGACGGAGGUUUAGUGCCACAUGAGGAGAAGCCUGCAGCAGUGGCUGUGAGUAUGCGCCAGAAGGUUGAUGGUGUCAUUAAGGAAAUCCAGGAAAAAGUGAUUAUUGUGACACUGAAGAAUGAAGGAGUGGAUGCACAGCUCCCUGUCAGUCAUUUGCUGGAUGAUGUCUCCAAGUGUGGCAUAGUGAAGUCCCUGCUCAAGGAAGGAGAUGAGGUGAAGGAUGCAGUUGUCUUCUCCAUAGAGGAGGAAAUCAUCACUUUGUCAUUAAAGACUAGUGUGCACAACUGGAUUAACACUAGCACCCCAGAGCAGCAAGAGGUGCUCUUGAAGUCUGUACCAUAUCCAGCUGUUUUACAGAAAGUAUAUGCUCAUGGGGCACUGGCCAAGAUUCCAGCAGGUGAAUGUGGACAAAAGCAUUUGAUUCACUUCAAAAAGUUAGGGGAUGAAAGUCCGUAUAUUGACUGCAGAGCUGUAGGACUGCAUCCAGGUCAGACUUUGUGGGUGGAGUCGGAAGGCGUUGACAAAAUGGGCCGUCAGAUUCUAUCCUGCCUUCACACGAGAAAUGUUCAAAGGAGGGCAGUCCAGCAUAGCAUUCAGCCAUUAUAUAGUCGUUUACUCAACUUAAAAAUGGUUAAGGAUAUCAUCAUGAAGAGAGGAAGCGCUAUUGACAGACAACUAGCUGAACUCCAAAUUGGCAGAAAAUUGGGGGUCACAGUCACAGAGGUCACAGACUUUGGCCUUCAUGUGAACAUGAAAGGGAGCCAAAUUCAGGGUUUCAUUAGCAAAGAGCACCGAGGUCCCUACACAGAUGUUGUGGUUGGCCAAAAAUUAUAUGCGUGUGUGAUGAAUGUGAACUUUGAGAAACAGUCUGUUGACCUUUCAUCGCAGCCUCUUGUUGUGAAAAAGUUGAAGACUUCAGACACUCCCAAAGUUUCUUUUGGAAGGAGGGCCAAGUGUGAAAUCAUUCAAGUUCAAGAGAACUUCGUCAAGGUCAUGCUAACGUCAAGAGAUGUUGGUCUCGAAGCCUAUUUGCCUCCUUUAGAACACGAAUUGAACAUCGAAACGAAGAACGCGCAUUAUAAAGUAGGAGAAGAGCACAGAGUAACCAUUGAGCAUGUUGAUGGCGGCAUUGUUGUAGCUGUCUUGAGAAGAUUCGAAGACAAAGACACGGAACCUAAAUUACUCUCAGACGGACCCUCGUGGCAGUUGUCGUCCAAUAAUACAAGUGAAAGCAUGGAAGCUGUGGAAGACAUUGAAAGUGAUGCGGAAGAAGUAGCAGAGACGUACGCCAAACUACUGGUAGAAUGUAAGAAGGCCAAGCGAAAGGAGGAGAUAGAGAAUCAGUGGAAAACUCAGGCUGCAAAGAAGAGGAAGAGAGAGGAAUCUGGGGCCACAGGGGAGGAAGAGGCACCCAAGAAGAAGAAGAAGAAGAAGAAAGCGAAACGAAAGAAGCCAAAGAAGGGACAGAAAACAGUGCAGAUGUAACGGUGUCGACGCCAGUAUCCCGCUGAUGACGCUGGUGUAACGCUGUCGCCGAUGUAACGCCGAGUGCAGUGGAUAAUUUGUAGAUCACAGGAGUUUUAUCAUCCACAAUCCACCAUUCUGACACACAAGAAUAUUUCUCUAUCUGUUACCUACAGUGUUCAUCAGGGGCAGCAGAUACAUCAUCCUGAAUUUCAAGUUUAUUUUUUUUUUAUUAUAAGAUACCAGAAUUGUUAUGUUAUGUGAAGUAUCGGCUGGUUUCUGUACAAAAAAGAAAUACAUGCCCUAUGUACUAUCACAAAUACAAAAUAUUUGUAUA